UACCCCUGUACUCCACAUCCCGACUCAUCUGCCUCAGGCCCUCGAGGUGUUAACUUGACAGCCUGCAGUUUCUUCUGUAUUUUGUAUUUUUUCAGUUUGACCACUGCUCACGAACUGGUUGUAAAUUGAAAUAAGACUUUUGUUUAUGUUACUUUUAUGGAUCGGCAGCUUUAUUGAUCACUGUAACCUUCUUUGACUGGUCCAUGAGAUUUGUCAUCGUGUUUGGAACACCUGUGACAGCUGCAUAUGAACUGACGUCUGCCUUGCAUAACUGGUGCCCAUUUUGUAGCUGGUGUUAAAAGGUUUCAGUCAUGGUGACUCUCUCUCCACGGAAACAUCUGUCGAAGACAAGGCUUGUCUUGGAUGGGUUGGUGAAGCCAGCGGUCAGCGUGAGUGUCCAGUAUGUGGCCCGAGUUGUCCCGGAGCCGCUGUUUGCAGUCCUAGUGCAGCUGGUGGAGUUCUUGGCCUGUCUCUUCUGGCCGAUCCUUGCACUAAUGCCUCAGACUCAUGAUGAGAAGGUUGAGGCUAUUGUCCGACCACUGAUCCUAAAAGAUGAAGACUACCAGACAGUCAUGGAAAAAAUGUUGGAUAACUUCAACCAAGGUCUGGGCAAGGAUACCCAAGAUAACGCAAGGGUCAAGAUGUUCCAGACCUACGUUAGAUCUGUGCCCGACGGAACAGAGGAGGGAGAGUUCCUGGCACUGGACCUUGGAGGCACCAACUUCAGGGUGCUGCUUAUCUCACUGAAGGGACAGGAGGUGAACAUGGAGAGCAAGAUCUACCUGAUCCCCCAACAGAUCAUGCUGGGGACGGGCACACAGCUGUUUGACCAUAUAGCUGACUGCAUCUUCAAGUUCAUGAAGGAGCACCAGCUCCUGAACAAGAUCCUCCCCCUAGGCUUUACCUUCUCCUUCCCCUGCCGCCAGGUGGGCCUGGCCCACGCCAUCCUCACCACCUGGACCAAGGGCUUCAAGUGUGAGGGGGUGGAGGGCAAUGAUAUAGUCCAGCUGCUCCAUGAAGCAAUCAAACGACGUGGGGAUAUAGAGGUGGAGUGCCUAGCUGUGAUAAAUGACACUGUGGGAGCCCUUAUGUCCUGUGCCCACAGUGAGCGGUCAUGUGCAAUUGGUCUCAUUCUUGGCACUGGCACCAAUGCAUGCUACAUAGAGAAGCUGGAGAACUGUGGUCUGUGGGAUUCUGACUACGAUGAUCCCAAGGAAGUAAUCAUCAACACGGAAUGGGGUGCAUUUGGUGAUGACGGCGCUCUUGAUUUCCUGAUGACUGACUACGACCGUCUGGUGGACAAGCAUUCCAUCAACACUGGCAAACAGAUCUAUGAGAAGAUGAUCUCAGGAAUGUACAUGGGAGAAAUAGCGCGUCUGGUUAUGGAGCGUCUCCGCAAAAACGGAUUAAUGUUCAGAGGUCGGGGCUCAGAGGAACUCUCCACAAGGGGGCGCUUCUACACAAAAUAUGUAUCUGAAAUUGAGAGUGACGUAGAUGACGGCUUCAAGAACACAAAGCAGGUGUUUGAUGAGCUGAACAUUGAAGAAUUCACAGAGGAUGACUGUCGUAUAGCACAGUAUGUCUGCCAGGCAGUGUCUACGAGAGCUGCAUACCUUGCCUCUGCAGGUAUUGCAUGUCUUCUGAACAAGAUGGGACGUCCUGAGGUUGUCGUGGGAGUGGAUGGGUCACUCUACCGCUUCCACCCACACUUCCAUGAUCUUAUGAUGGAAAAAGUACAGAAGCUGGCUCCAGACAUCAGAUUCAAGCUCAUGCUGUCCCAUGACGGUAGCGGGAAGGGUGCAGCCCUGGUUGCCGCUGUAGCUAACAGACUUCGCGAUGAAAAGGCAAAACGGAUCGCUGAUGGCAUGACAGGUGUCAAGGUGCAGGAUUAAUGUCAUGGGAACGUAGGAAUUAAUUUGUUGUUCCAGACUGUGAUAGCUGGAAGUGACUGCUUCUAAAGGACCAUCUGUAUAUUCACAAAACAUAGUGAGGCACCAGCUUUUCAACUGUGUUGACUUCUUCACUUGAACCAGGAAGUGACGGACUAUAGCACAGUAACAGGAUGCAUGUGAUGUCCACCAUCAGCUGAUGCCUGCAUGGAUGACCAGCACUGGGACAAGCCAUCGACUCAUUAUCUGGGCUGUAAGAGGGUAGUUUUGUUAGAAUCAUUCACUGGUGAUUUGUUGGCUACUCAUCUGGUUUCCUAGUUUGUAGUUGCAGCACUGUGUUCCACUCUACAGUGUGUGCAUGUGUAAUGCUUGACCACUACAGAUAGGGACGGAAAACUUGUACCAAUGGGAGAACUCUGUUUGAAUGGCUUGGACAUGAAACUGGGAUAUAAUAUGUAGAUACGGGAUCAUAUCAUGUUUAUUAGUUAUAAGACGGAUGCUUUGACAAGAGGUGUCGCACAGGAACAACCUUUAGUGUGUACAUGUCAAACAGAAGGCCUUUGUUUAUGACUAAGCAUUGAAAUGUGUAUUUUGUGCUGUAAUUGGAGGUUGUAUUUUGCAAUGCUACUUUUGCACAGCAAUGCUGUUGUGUUGCCACCGCCCCACGAGUUGGUCCAUCUGUAGAAGGUCAUUGAGUGCACUUGGACACUUGAUGGAUCUCAGAGAUGCCAACCCAUACGAUUUUAUCGUAUUUGUUA